AGCAGGCCCUCCAAUCAUUCUGAUAAGGUUGAUAAGGUGCAAACGAUGGGGUUAUACUUAGUAGCUAUAGGGCCCUCUCACGCGCAUGCAUCCCUUGAGUAACGCACUCGUUCCCCCCUUCACCUCCCCCACCCCUCCUCCUCCAUCUUCCCAAUGUCCGAGGGGACUUCUCCAUCCAUCCUGAGUACACCAACUAACUCCCCACACUGCGUUGAAAUGGGUGAUUCCAAGACGGCCGCGGCGCCUGUCCCGGCGCGACCAUAUGACGACUAUGGGUCCAGCAGCGUUCAUUUCCAGGAUGCAGAUGAGCUGCGUCUGGCGCAGAUGGGACAUAAACAGGAGCUCAAGCGCCAUUUCUCGGUAUGGAGUCUGAUUGGAUUAGCGGCCAAUUGUACCAUUUCUUGGACCGGACUCGGACUGGGGUUGAUCACCUCGAUCAAUGCGGGAGGACCAGGCGCAUUGAUCUACGGAUUCAUCCUGGUCUUCAUCCUGCAGUGUUUCUUGGCCACGUCGCUGGCGGAAUUUGUCUCGGCGUAUCCGGUGGAAGGUGGCAUGUAUCACUGGAUCGCAGCAAUCGCCCCCCAUCGCUAUAGCGAUGUGUUGAGCUUCGCAACCGGCUGGAGCACCGUCUUUGGAUGGAUCUUCACCACGGCCUCGACGAACCUGGUUUACGCAUCCAACUUCAUGGCCCUCGUUGGAUUAUAUAAAACCAAUUUCGUGCUGCGGCCUUGGAUGACGUUCGUGGCAUAUCAGGGAUUCAAUCUUCUUACGUGCGCCAUUGUCAUGUUUGGGAAUAACUGGAUGCCAGCAAUUAACAAGUUCUCGCUGUGCUAUCUUCAAUUGGCUUGGCUUGCCAUCCUCGUUACUGUGGCGGCGGCUGCCCCAAAACAUAAUGAUGCUGAAUUCGUGUUCCGUACCUGGAUCAAUGAGACUGGGUGGGAGAAUAAUGUCAUUUGCUUUAUCACCGGCUUGGUAAAUCCACUGUAUUCUCUGGGUGGCUUGGAUGGGAUCACGCAUAUUACAGAGGAGAUGCCGAACCCUGGAAGGAAUGCUCCGUUGGCUCUUGCUUGCACUCUUGGCAUAGCUUUUGUGACAGGAUUGUCCUAUCUCCUAGCUUUGAUGUUUUCGGUCCAAGACUACACGACUCUUGCUGACUCGCCCACGGGCCUGCCUCUGGCGGAGAUCUUUCGCCAGGCAACCCAGAGCCGAGGAGGUGCUUUUGCGCUUGUUUUCCUCUUGUGGGUAGCAGUAGGCCCGUGCAUGAUUGGCUCGCAACUUAGCACGGGGCGAAUGUUCUGGGCCUUCGCCAGAGACGGCGGUCUUCCAUUCUCGAGAUUUUGCUCAAAAGUCAGCCCUCGAUAUGGGGUUCCGGUUAACGCCCAGCUAGUUGUCGGCAUCAUCGUCGCUCUUCUGGGGUGCAUUUAUCUGGGCUCUAGCACGGCCUUCAACUCAAUGAUGAGUUCUGCAGUGACGAUCAACAACUUCGCUUAUCUUGUGCCGAUUUUGACCAACGUCCUACUCCGUCGGCAAACCAUGCAUCACGGCCCCUUUACCUUGAGUUUUGCUGUGGGGAUGACGGUCAAUAUCAUCACGGUGGCCUGGUUGAUUUUCGCCAUCGUGUUCUUUUCGUUCCCUUAUGAGAUGCCUGUGACCGUAUCGAACAUGAACUAUACAUGUGUAUGUGUCGGUGGAUUCUUGUUUCUCGAGCUACUGUGGUGGCUCAUUGCGGGCAAGAAAUAUUCGAAGCACAUGCAGAAGGUAAAGGGACAUGAUAGCGAUACAGCACACACAUCAGUGGUCAUUGCGGCCGGUGAGAAAAGCUAGCUGCACUAGCUAUGAGGAUGUGUGAGGUACGGCUCCGGAUGAGGCCCACACGUCACGCUACUUCAAUACUAUAAGUGAUGUGCGGCUGAAUAUAAUUAAAUAGGCUCCAGGCCUCAAUGGUUCCAGAUCAUGGGCAAUGGGUAGCACGUGGAACGCAUGCACCCCAGAGGUAUAAGCUUCACUCCUCGGGACGGCGGCGAAUGGUUGACACAUGACUCGGGUGGCCACUCCGACUUUCGGGGAACUAUCACAUGAGCCCCCAAUCCCGUAGAGACUUUUCUGCAAAGUGAUGGAUCAAGGCUGACUGUAUCGAAUCGAUAUAAUCCAUUGCCAAACAUCUAUCACAGUGCAUCCCCA